AGUCCAAGGCUGCGCCUGCGCAGUGCCCUCCUGCACCCGCCUCGCGCCGAGGGGCCGCUACCUGACGCGCCUCUUCCUCGCCGCCGGCUGCCGGUUCCCGUCCCGCCGCCAAGAUGCCGCGGAUCAUGAUCAAGGGGGGCGUGUGGCGAAACACGGAGGUAGGUGGCGCAGCUCCCCCCGCCUGGCCCCCCCGCCCCGUGCGCCGCCGUCCCUUCGCUCUCCGGAGGCCCCUCUGAGGCGAGCGGGUGGAGGGCGGUGCGCCUGCGCCAAGUGGGCUACGGCGCCUGCGCACCAGCAGCGCGCGCUCUGUCUCUGCGUAGGAGGCGGUGGCGCCUAAUAAACGUUAAAAAAAUAACAUUUUUUAAAAAGUAGGAAGCAAUGCCAAGUUUGCAAGAGGCACAGUCUUGUCCGAUCAAUAAAUAAUAAUACAUGUUGGUGUCUGUAGCAGCCUCCCACCUACUUUUUCUGCUCUUGCUGUGAAUCCUCCCGGGAAGUAGGAGCUGGCUCGCCCCUCCUCCCGCUGGAACUUAGCGCCCAGAAUGAAAAGUUUCUAUUUGGGCUUUGCGGGCAAGACUUUCCCUUUGUUGGAUUUUGCUUUCCAUUGUUUCGUUUGGAUGCCUGCCCUUCACCCUGGGGUCCUGGAGUGCUUGGUAGCCAUUUAAAAUGUCUUUGUCAAAAGGUAGAAAGAACUGGGUGGGGAUGGCUGGGGAUCAGCUUUUAAGGCAUGUGUCAGGUAUAGCUGUUUGGCUUUUCAGAUGUUGCUGAACUGCAGCUCCCAUCACCCCGGGCUGGUGAUCAGGCUUGUUGCAGCUGACAGCAGUUGCAGUUCAACAUCUGGGGAGCCAAAGGUUCCCAUAUCUGAUAUACAGGAUAGCACUAUUGUCUUUUAAACCUCUCCAUACCUAGAAUGAGAAGCAGUUACAUCAAGUCCUUUACCUGGGGAGAAAUAGUGUGUGUACAUCCUAAACAUGGAGAAGGAACUGGCAAGCCACUCCAGUAUUUUGCCAAGAAAAUUCCAUGGACAUAAAAAAGGAUAAGCUUUGAGAAGAAAGUGAGAGUUUCCAAGGCAUGCUUUGGUUCAUGGCGUCACGGAGAGUCAAACACGACUAAGACGACUAAACAACAACACCCUAAACAAGCCCCAUAUUUGUAGGAAUAAUAAUUUCUAUUAUUCCUAUGCUUUAGUCAGUUUUGCAGGCUUUGACAUACUAAAACCAUGUGUGCAGUUCCUGGACACACUGUCAUUAGUCUUCAAUAAAAAACCCCAAAUACUGGAGUUUAUCUUAUCUUUAGCUGUUUGUGCAGUGUUGUGAUGGAAUUCUCUUACUCAGCCUGAGUGAGGUGUGCCUACUCUAGUAGCAGCAGUAAAAGUUUUUUCCCCUGGGAUGCAUUCUUUUAGCAUCAUUGUUGGGAUGAAAAAAGCUUGCCUUGCCUUUUUUUGCAUAGGGUAUUGUUGUAAUGCCUAAUACAUUUUUAUUCUCUUUUCGUUUUAAGGAUGAAAUUCUUAAAGCAGCUGUAAUGAAAUAUGGCAAAAACCAAUGGUCUCGUAUUGCCUCUUUAUUACACAGAAAAUCAGCAAAGCAGUGCAAAGCCAGAUGGUAGGUACGAGAAAAUAACCUAUGGGGGAAUUUUGAUACGUUGUUAUUGGGAAACUUCAUCAGAGUUUAUCAAGUCAAGGCAGGUGAAGUGGGGACUACAUAUUGUCUGUGUCAGAAAUUCCUGCACAAUACUCCACAGACAUCCUAAUUCUGCAAUCAAAAUAAGAAAAUUUGUGUACAGUAAUUGUUUCUGUGCAGAGAAGGACCGCACAAAUAUAUCCAGAGGCUAAGUGAAAUCCAAGUGAGAUAAAUUUUCCUGCAUUAAUACUGAUUCAUGCUUUACAUUUAGCUGCUUACAUUCUUUGAUAUUCUUCUUACAAGAGUGGCUUUUUUAAGUUGUGUAUUUUGUAAGAUGGAGCUUACAGAGUUCAGCUACAUUAUCAAACAAAUUUCAAGUGGAACUUUCCAGCUCAUAUUAUAGUUUGGGGGAGAGUAAGCACAAGUAUGUAAUGUGUUGUCAGGUGUAUCCUAAUUUUGUCAUAUCAACUGAUAUAUGACUGCUUAGGUCAGUGAUUUUCAGCCAUUGUUCCAUGGCACCCUGGGGUGCCUUGAAUGAUGGUCUGGGGUCCUGUGAGCAACAGUGGCCUCUGUCCCUCUUUCCGUCCCUCCCUCCUCUGAUGCCCUCUUGCUUCUCUGCCUCCCAAAGGCUGGCACAGCUGUUUAUUGCAGCAGCUGUGGCUAUAAGCUCUGCAGGCAAAUGGUGCCACUGGGAGGCACCUCUCUUUUGGGUAGUGGGGCAGCAACUCAGAGCCAGGGACAGCAGCAGUAGCUGCCCAGAGGACUCUCAAGGAGAGUGGAGAGAAAAGGAUGCUGAGGUAACACUUCACUAGGGAGGGUGUUCGAAAAAGUGUGUGAGGCUGCCAGGUCUGCAGGCAAGGGGUGACAUAACUGGACUCCUGAGCCCCACAGGGGUGCUGCAGAAAGAAUGUACCAUAUUUUUUGCUCCAUAAGACACACUUUUGUCCUCCUACUUUUGUCCACUUUUGUGCGUCUUAUGGAGCGAAUGCACUGCACGGCAGAGGGAUCCCUCAGCUGCUGCUGCAGUCGUGAGCUGAGGGAUGCCUCCGCAGCCGGAGCCAUGGCUCCUGUCCGCCCCUCCUCUCGCCUCGCUGGAAAGCAAGCAAAGCACCUGUCCUGGUGUCUCCCCCUCCUCUUCUUGCUCCAGCAUCACCAUGCUUUAUAGCGAGGCGGGAGGAGGGAUGGGCAAGCAAAGUGAGAGCUGCGCAAAGCGGGACAGAAGCCAUGUAAGUGGCUCUUGCUUUGCUUGCUUUAAAGCGAGAGCCGCUUACAUGCUCUGCGCAGAAUAUUUUUUUUCUUGUUUUCCUCUAAAAACUAGGUCUUAUGGUCAGGUGCGUCUUAUGGAGCAAAAAAUACGGGUAGUUGGUUAAGGGAGCCGUGGACUCAAAAAGGUUGGAAACCUCUGGCUUAGGGCAUUUUUUAAUUGGCCUGGGCCAUGUUAGUUUUUCAGUGUAGAUUACAGUUCAUAUUUUGAAAGUAGCCUAUAUACUACCUUUAUAGAUGCAGUAAUUAUGAGAAAUAAAGUUGGCAAAAUUGGGACUAUUUUCAUUUUCUUUAUGUAUCUAUAUACUAUAGCAGAUUCAAGAAAGGCUAUGUGAAAUCCUCUGUGGAGCUAAUUUAUAGGUGUUUAAUCGUGUUAACAGUAUCUUGAAAAAAAUCUCAUUUUUAUUAUUUUGAACAAGGUAUGAGUGGCUGGACCCAAGUAUCAAGAAAACAGAAUGGUCACGAGAAGAAGAGGAGAAGUUGUUGCAUUUGGCCAAACUUAUGCCAACCCAGUGGAGGACAAUCGCACCAAUUAUUGGGAGAACAGCUGCCCAGUGCUUGGAACACUAUGAAUUUCUCCUGUGAGUAAUUCUGCUCUGUAAUGAAGUUAGUUUUUGAUAUUGAGAGACCUAGUUACAGAACUAACUCAGGAUUUCAGAAGAAAGCUUUUAGGUGUUUAAGAGUUGUUGUUUGCAUCCAGAGACAAUUGAGGAGUGUACCUUUGGGGGUGAAGUCAACCCGUUAGAGGGUUACAGUUCUUGCUGUGGCUGUAGAGACCGUUACAGGAGAGACAUGUUUUGUUGCAGCUGGGGCAGAUGAAGGUGUCCUGUUGUGCUGCUGCAGAUGCACCAUAUGCAUGACUUGACUUUCUGUCUCCAGACACUCUGAUAAUCUGCAAGGGAUUCCCAUAUGAUGGGGUUAAUGUAGGCAGCCUUCAUGUCAUGUUUGCAGACAUCUUUGGUCUGUCAGCAGGCCUGGUACUGGAAGCCAGCUCCCCGUGGAGCACGUCUUUGGGGAUCCUGCCAUCUUCCAUUCUAUGUACAGCAGCAAACACAAAUAUGGGCAGCAAACUCAAAAUGACAGCUGUGGGGCAUGACCUAUUGCUGCCAUCUCUUAAAAAGCAGAAAAAGAUAGGGCAUCACAAAAUGCCUGUCCCAUCAAUGAAGUAAGAAAGUGACUGUAUCAGUCACCUGCACACUCACAAACUCUUUGCACCUCUCUUCUGUUCAGAACAGAUGGAAAGAUGGGUGUUCAGUCCUGGCAUCCAUGAAAUGUGAACAUGUUUAAGGAGGUCAUGCUCAGUAUAGGAGUGGGUGGGUGAGCAGGAACUGCAUUCUGGAUUUUUGAGGGGAUGCUUACUGAGGCUUUUCAGUUGUGCCGUAGGAAGUACUGGUGGGCACCAUGUUGACAGCUCCUGAUUUUCUUUGGGUUGGUUGUAUUGUCUUUGGUUUGUAUCCAACUAAGUCAUACUGAGAAGAGAACCGCUGAUAUCAAUAGAUAUGGAUAACUUAAGUCCAUUCAAUGUCUUAUAUUAGUAUAUAUUUGCUUCAUAUUUUUGCACUUGUUCUACAUGUUAUCUUUUCAGGGAUAAGGCUGCUCAAAGAGACAAUGAGGAAGAAACUGCUGAUGAUCCUCGGAAACUUAAACCCGGAGAAAUUGACCCAAACCCAGAAACCAAGCCAGCCAGACCAGACCCUAUUGAUAUGGAUGAGGGUAUGCUUGAAACAGGUUUCAUGAAUUUGUCCCCACUCCAUCCUUUGACACGUUCAUUAUAUAGCACAAUUCUUUCCUUUUGUGACUUUCCUUCAUUAGCCCAUCACUUGUUUUAUGGUUUCAGUCAGCUAUUGCAAGGCUGAAGAAUCUUCCCCCAAGCACAGAAUUCUGUUAGCAUAUAUCACAUUAUUUGUCUCUCACAGACACACCAUGUACACAUGAAUAGAGCUUGGCUUGUGCUUCAUCUUUGCAAAGAAAAAGAGUUUCCCCUUUUCUAGCUCACAGACUAAAGCUGCACAGAGAUCUAAAACAUCACUCCUGCAUGGCCAGAUCACUCGUGUGUGCUGAGAAAGCAUUCCUUUUCAGAGAUUAAAUGUAGCAAGCCCACCAUUUGUUUCAUUUCCGCUUCUUGGGGAAUGACGUAAACUGGCCUUACAGGAAGAGAUAUUUGACUGCAUGGGUAGUUCACUGCAGAGUGAAACUUGGGAAAAGGGCAUGGCCAAGUGAUAAAGGGCAAGCCUUGAAGAGAGUGCUGAGGGGCAUGUAAAGAGGUAUUGCAGACUGGAUUAGGUCUUCAGGCUGGAGGUUUUUCCAAAGGAUCCCCCUUAAAGUUCUGCCUGGAAAUUAAUUAAUUAACUUUGAAGUGACUCCAGUUUGAUAGGAAGAAAUAAAUUUUAUUGCUAUCAUGUUAAAGAAAAAGUCAUAAUAUACAAACUAUUGGUGGACAUAGUCCAUCAUUUUAACAAUAUGUGUGCAUAGGAUUGAAACCUCAGUAAUAUAGGAAGAAACUUGUUGAUUACACCUUUUAAAAACCUAUAGAAAUAGAAUAUUUUUUUUCUUGUAUUCAUACAAGAGAUAACAAUAGAGACUCUUGUUGGCCUAAAUCAUGUUUUGAACACAUUCAGAAAAGGCAGAAGUGACCUGGGAUCUGUUAACAUACAGAUUUUCCCACUUCUGAGAAGCAUUUCAUUCUUACCUAUUUCAUAGAGCAAGGUGUAAAUGAGAGUGUGUGAACUUUGUACAUUCCUUUUGCAGAUGAACUCGAGAUGCUUUCUGAAGCUAGAGCUCGGUUGGCUAACACUCAGGGAAAGAAAGCCAAAAGGAAAGCAAGAGAGAAGCAGCUGGAAGAAGCUAGGUAUUACUUGACUCAGCUAAAACUGUUAAUUGGCAGAGCUCCAGUCCAGGCAGGACGCUUGUCCAAGGGAUGGAAUAGCUGUCUUGUCAUAAGAUAGCAGCAGAAUGGUUAAUUCUACUCCUUGCAACCCCUCAUUGAUUUGCACAAACACUGUCAGAUUCUGCAUCUCUCCCUAAGAUGGUAACAGUCAUGCUUGGCACAUGGUUUGUUUUCUAUCUGUUGGAGUCUAAUGUUGGGAAAAUAAAUAAAUAAAUAUUGGGCUAAGAUUGAGAUGGGAUCUCGAAUCUCAAUGCAGUGCUCCUGUGUUUCCCACCUAUUUUCCUCUCCCCUUUUAUUAAUGACCCAAGUCACCAGGUUUUAUUGAUGCUGCUAGUUACCCGUUCUAAGUAUUAAAAUGACUAUAAAUAAUAAACUGUAAGCAGCUCAAAUGCUGAGCUUUGAUGGGUGAAAUCUAGGUUCAAUUCAGCAUUGGCGAUGAAGCUCAAGGUGUGGUUUGGUGCAAGUAAAUAUUUCUCAAUCUGACCAGUCUUGCAGAGUUGCGAGGAUAAAAGCCUGAAGUGUAAGAUUUGGAUUCAGAUGUAAGAAAUAAACAAGAAGCUGUUUUAAUUGCUUGCAAACCAUGCACCUUUCUUAAUAAUUUCUGAAUUUUCAGGCAUUCUUUAUGAGAAGUCCAGAAACUCGGGAUGAUUUGUUAAAUUGACAGAUUUGGAGUUCAAGAAAGAUUCUUCUCUUCCUCCGCCCCCGCUCUGCAAUCUGGCAGCAGCAGAAGUAAAAUCAAGCAGAUCCUUGAAACUUUGUGUUAAAGCCUUUUGAGACUUUGAUCUCAUGACUCAAAACUGAUGUCUUGUGCUGUGUGUAGCAUAAAGGAAUACUCGUGUGGAACUAAUUUUCAGUAUGGACUGCAAACAUUUUACACAGUAAACCACACUUAAUGCUUCCUCUAGAAGUGGUCUAUUUUUCAAAGCUAAUAACAGCUGUUCAGAUUUGUGUUAAUCUAUCACACCUUUGCAGGCGUCUUGCUGCCCUCCAGAAGAGGAGAGAACUUCGAGCUGCAGGGAUUGAGAUCCAGAAGAAAAGAAAGAAGAAAAGGGGAGUAGACUACAAUGCAGAAAUCCCAUUUGAGAAGAAACCUGCUGCAGGUUUUUAUGACACAUCAGAAGAAAACUACCAGGCCCUGGAUGCAGAUUUUAGGAAGUUAAGGCAGCAAGACUUGGAUGGGGAGCUCAGAUCGUAAGUUGGUGCUUGACUGGAAAGUUACGUUUAAAUGGGCCAAAAGGGGUACAGAGCAAAGUCUUGUAUAAUGUUGCCAACAGUAUGUGCUAUGACACAUUCCAUCCAUUUGUGUACUGUUGCUUAUCUUUACUUUUUGUGAAUUCUUACAAGACUUAGCAUUUGAAUGUCUUAGCUUUUUUAAUAGAUAACCCGAGUUUCUAACUAUUGUUUUUGUGGAAUGAAAAUCAUUAAAAUAUCUAGCUUUUCUCUGUUGGCUGUUUGAAAACUUAAGUUGGAGCUGGUCAAGGAAGACACUUUGGUGGCUUGGACAGUAAUAUUGUUCUGUUCCUAAUUUUUUGAUUGCUGUGCUCCCAUUUUCCCUUUAAUUUAGGAAUUGUUGUCAUGCAACAAAAUCCAAAUCUUGCAACGAGAAUAUUUUAAAUGUAGCACAGAAUUAUUGGUUCUAAACAGAGGCAUUAGUGUAUAAUUCACACAGAUCUGCUCCUUAUCUCUGAGAGUGGUACAGCAAAAAGUCAUGUUUCUUCAACUGAUGGGCAUAUGUCAUCUCCUUUUUACCAUCUAAAGAUUCCUAGAGGUCCUCUAUCUGCAGUCCUAUUUGUGAUGGCUGUUGGACCAUUAACUAUAUUGAUUUGAGACAAUAUUGGUGUUACUGGAGUCUCUGUUGGUAAAAAGAAGAAGUAAGAUUUAGUUUGAAAUAAGUAAGGUGACAUAGCCUUGACACCUAAUCCUAAAACCUCACAGAAGGAAUCUGCUUAACAUCAUAACUGUAUUUUUAAGGCUUGCAAGAAUGACAUGAUAGAGGUCUCUAGGAUAAAUGGUAAGGAUAAUUAUGAAAGACCAGAUUUAAUCAAUAAAUUAAGCAUUCUUGGACAGAUACACCAAGACUUUUUUUGUCAUGGCUGCUGUCCUGCUGAGUUAAACUUGGGAGUAGACGGUAGAGCCAUUGAAAUCAGUGCACUUUUGUAACUUCAGUCAAUGGAAUUCAAUGUGUCUGCCUUGAGUACAGCUAACUGGAUAUUACCCUUUAUUAGACACCUUAUGAAAUAAUUUAUCAAGGUGCUGUACAAUAGAAAGGAAUAAAAACGUAAUAAAAGCAUACUACAAUAAACUUCAGAGACAAUAAAAUGCUACAAGCAGCACAGUACUGGUUGUUUUCUGUGCUUCAGAGGCCCAACUGGCCUCAGCCACAAGUCUGGCAUGUAAUGUUAUCGGUGGCAUCCUGUGGAUCACUUUCAGCAGGCAUCCUCACGUUGGCUUUCAGGUGUCCUGAAGGCUUUUUAUGCCCACAAGCUUUUCAGGUUGUUUAAAAUCUUCUUGAGAAACCAGCCAUUUUAAUGAUGGAUCUUUAUUGAUUCUAAAAGUUUUUAUUUUGUUAUUCACCACCCUGAUGCCACUUUUCUCUUCAAAUUAAUACAGUUGUCUUACAAAUAACAACAAAACUUUAUUCAUCUGUCAAUAUCAUGUGACUUUAAAAACCCCCACUUACGCUGUUGCAAUAGAUAAAGCACCCCAUACCUUUCUGAACUAUUUAUUGAAUUAUCAAUCAUUGGUACUUAAUUGAGGCACUUCUGUUUUAACAGGGAAAAGGAAGGAAGAGAGCGAAAGAAAGAUAGGCAACAGCUGAAACGGAAAAAAGAGUCUGAUUUACCUUCAGCAAUUCUUCAGACUAGUGGUGUGUCAGAAUUCACAAAAAAAAGAAGCAAGCUGGUGCUUCCAGCUCCUCAGGUAAGUUGCUUGUUCCUAUCGCCGCCUUGUGAUUUGUUUAAGUCACUGCAGAUGCAUGUGAUGUGCCCAAAUCAUGAGGCUUUUCAGAAAUUAAGGCUCACAUGUGCAAAUAUAAUCUGCAUCCCCCCCCCCCCGGAUGCAUGUUGCCCAUGGAUUCCUACUUUUUAGCCCCCUUUUCAUAUCCCAGAUUUGCAGUGCGAGAGUCUCUCAGGGUAGCUUUAUAUCCAUUCAUUUGCAUAUUCUUCUUGGAAGCACCAUCCUUUUUAGCACUGUUUCAUUGUGCCAGACACAUCGUAUUGCAGGAAAUGCUUUUAGCACUGCAAAACUAGCAAAGGUUGUACCACUUUCCCCAGUUAAGUUGGAGGGGAAAUGAUGUAGGCUUGACCAGUUGAAGCAACUGCCUUUUUCCUGUUGGUAUAUUGACUAAGGGCAGUCCCUAUGGCACUAUUGUAACAGCUAGCGUUUCUGAUGUUAAGACAACUUUUCAUUGUUGGGUGUUUCUCAGUUUAUUAGGAAUCCUGUCAUAUUCAUUGCAAUGUAUGGAUUUAUCUCCUCUUCUUAAGAUUUCAGAUACAGAACUUGAAGAAGUAGUUAAAGUUGGCCAAGCAAGUGAGAUUGCACGUCAAACAGCAGAGGAAUCUGGGAUCACAAACUCUGCAUCCAGCACACUUCUGUCAGAAUACAAUGUUACCAACAAUAGCAUUGCUCUUAGAACACCUAAAACGCCGGCAGCACAGGACAGGAUCCUACAGGUAAAGCCUAAAUAUAGUUUCAUUUUAACAUUGCACUGGUAUCCUUUGCAGCUUCGUAUUUUAUUUGUAGUUAAGUGAAGUAAGUAAUCAAUCUUCCACCUCUGCUCCAUUGUGUUGCAUGGCUUGUUGGGAAUGGGGAGCUACCAACCCCUGCUUGGAACAUAGCUUGUGGGUGGCUGCAUAGCAGGAAGACUAGAUGGCAGAUGAAGCUCAAAGAUAGGCUUUUGUUUCAUCCUGAACAAGCUAUCCUUUCUCCUACCUGCAAGAGGAACAAAGCCCAGGAUGUCAGUGGAGGAUAUUUUUAUCAGUCAGUUAUACUAGAUAUUCAAUAUGACUAAAUGGAGUUGGUAUUCUUGACUUGAAAGAAGCAAAAUACUAACUUUUCAUCCAAUUUUGUUAGUUGAUAUUUGAGCAACAUUUGGUUCCUUUUUGAAAAUUGCACCUUGACUCAUUAGAUUGGUAUUGGUGGUUUGCCGGUAGUUGCAAAAGGAAAAAAAGUGGUUUAUUUUUCCUCCUACCCAUCAAUAGGUAGUAUCUUUUGACAUUGGAAUAUCUUUCUAUAUACAUAAAAAUUUAAGGCUUUCAUUGCACAUUUAGAGCAUUUGCAGUGCCUCAUCACCAUCCUGUGUUUGCAUGAAGUCAUGGGGGGGGAGCAAAACAAGGCAGGUCGCACAACAGGGGUAUCUAUGGCAUGAGAGGGAGAAACGGGGGAAAGGGGCAGUGUAAAACAACAGCAGAAGAUUGAACAAAGCAGGUAUGAAGUAUUUGAGGGCUUUGCCUUGUUUAUCGCUCUUGUAAGGUAGUUGAGGAAUGGGAGAAGUUUUCAGUAUAGUGAGAACAAAGGGGGAAAGUGGCUCUUUUAAACAACAGCAGAGAUUUCAGUAAUGUGAGGAUGAAGGAAAACGUAUUGGAAGAGAAACAUUCGGGAGGUUACCACAGGAGUGGUUUGUUUAUAAGAGCGCUGUGCAAAAGGAUGCAGGGAGGAGGCAUGGACAUGGGAGCAAAGGUGAAAAUGGGUGCAAAGCAUGGCUGUAGAACAGAAGAGAGAAAUAACUUUGGAAAUAGGUUGGGAAGGUGAAAAGUGAGCUUAGUGGUUUCAUGGAGUGGGAAGGGGAAGCUCCAGGGAGUUAAUGUGGGGGGAAUGGCAGGGGGCAGCACGUGGAGCAAGCAGGAGUGCAGCCCCUAGUUGAUAAAUAUAUAUAUAUAUAUAUUUGUAGAAUUUUAGUUUGGAAAAUGAUUAUUGUCUUUAUAUCUAUCUAUCUCUCUAUCAUCUAUCUUAUAUCUUAUUAUGCAGGAAGCCCAGAAUUUGAUGGCUCUUACAAAUGUUGAUACCCCCUUGAAAGGUGGUCUGAAUACCCCUCUCCAUGAGAGUGACUUCACUGGAGUAACACCUCAGAGGCAAGUUGUUCAGACGCCAAAUACAGUGCUUUCCACACCCUUCAGGUAAGUCAUCUACUUGAGCUGUUGGGGAAGGGCAAAGAUACAUUUGAACUUUCUUUUACUUUAAUAAGGGGGUUUGUGUGUGUGUGUAUGUAUUGGACACCAGAUUUCCCAGGUUCCUCUCCAUGAUGAAUUGCUGACUAUAAAUUCCAAAUCCAAAACAGGGACUUGUAGGCUGGUAGUCUUUAAACAGUUAAAGAUGAGCACAAAAAUUGUGCUACCGCACUCAUAUUGGAGCAAAUAAUUUUUUUCUAGGACACCUUCCCAUGGAGCUGAAGGGCUGACUCCUCAUAGUGGAAUGACUCCUAAGCCGGUAGUAGGUGUGACUCCAGGGAGAACUCCCUUGCGUGAUAAACUGAAUAUUAAUCCUGAGGAGGGAAUGGCAGAUUACAGUGAUCCAUCCUAUACAAAACAUAUGGUAAGUAAGUAGGAAAUUUUCAUUUCCACAAUUUUAUCCAUUGCAUUUCACAGGUGGGGGCUCUCAGAAAUGAUGAUGGAUCCACCCACCACCAUUAUGUCUUCCUAAAACAAAUAGGAAUUUAUUUGAAUCUUUACAAACGUAAUUACGGGCACUGACUAGAUUUCCUGGUUUUUUAAAAAUAUUUUUUUUAAAGCAUGGGUGCUCUAGCUUUGAUUAGAGUAGUGGCAAGCAAAGAGGAUAUAUUUUAACUUUCUUUUUCCUUGCACCCAUUUUCCUAAUCUUAAAUCCCCACCACCACCAAGCUACUUUGGGAGUUGACAACAUUGCCGGGGGGGGUGGAGGUGGGAGAACAAAUUCCUCAACUCAGUUUUACAGAGUAGAUUACCGUAUUUUUCACCCUAUAAGGCGCAUUGGCCCAUAGAACACACCUCGUUUUUUGGGGGGGAAAUGAAUAAAAAAAAUUAUUCCCCCCCCCAGCCGCAGGGCUGGGGCGGGGGAAGCCCGAACUUCCCCCGACCCCAGCCCACAGAACAGGCUGCCGCCCCAAGCCUUGCGCGCCCGGCGGAACCUCCCGCUAUGCGCGCAAGGCUUGCGGACACCUGCCCGAAGCACGGGGCGUCCUCCGGAGGGCGCCACGUGCUUCGGGCUGCAGGCUGCCGUCUGCAAGCCUUGCGAGCCUGCGGGAACUCCCGCCGGGCACGCAAGGCUUGCGGAUAGCUUCCUGAAGCAUGGAGAGCGAGAGGGGUCAGUGCGCACCGACACCUCUCGCUCUCCAGGCUUCAGCGAAAGCCUGCAUUCGCCCCAUAGGACGCACACACAUUUCCGCUUCAUUUUUGGAGGGGAAAAAGUGCGUCCUAUAGGGCGAAAAAUAUGGUACAUAAGUAUUCUCUAAUCUAAGGAAGUGCAUUUGGAGUUAAGAAUAAGCACUUGAGCACAUCAAGGCAAGCAGUUGUGGCUUUUUGUGGGUGCACACGUUUGUAGACAUCAUUUGGGCAGCAGCUCAAGUUCUGUGAUUGCAGCCACUGUGGUCACAGAAAUAGACAGGAGCAAUCACAGUGAUCGCUCUCAAAUCCCAAAGUGACGUUGACGAUUGCCUGUCAAGACCUUUCAUUGCUUUUGAGAAUUGAGUCAUUUCAUAACUCUGAGCCCAGUGUGAAGGGAAGGACACAAAGCUGGUCCAUAAGUAGUUGAAAUCACCAGGCAGGCUUAAAAAUAAAAUGACUGCUUGCUUUAUUGCUGUUUUUAGGAAAGUGAACAUUUAGUGCAUUAAAUUACUUUAACAUUCAACAGGAAAGAGAAUCCCGUGAAAAUUUGCGUCUAGGACUUAUGGGUCUUCCUGCUCCAAAGAAUGACUUUGAGAUUGUCCUACCUGAAAAUGCGGAAAAGGAACUCGAAGAUCAUAAUGCAGAUGAUACAUAUAUAGAGGAUGCAGCUGAUGCAGACGCUCGCAAGCAGGUAGAAUGAAUUAUUAGAUUUAUAAAGCAGUGUAACAUACUGUGUCCUUCUCCCAUGAACUUCACCUAAUUCAUGUCUUAAAUCUCUUUCUAGAGUAUUCGAGAAAUGGAGCGUAUAAAGGCACUAAAGCGGAUGCACAAAGCAGUUCAGAAAGAUUUGCCAAGACCCUCUGAAGUACGUUGUUCCUAAUUCUGAAGAAGAUGAAAUAAGCUGAGGGGAGGGAAUGCUAUCAGUAAAAUGGUGAAUAAUAAAUAUUUGUAAGCUGCAGUAUCAGUAUUAGCAACUGGAGGCCUGGAGCUAAGAAGUGGGGGAAAUGCCAUUUAAGACACAUGGAUUUGCUGGCCAGUCGGAAGUGUAGGUCAGGGCACUGGUCCACCACCCCUCACUUCCUUUUCAGAACAGCCAUUCCGGAAAGCCGGUUGCUGGCCAAGCUGUUACAAUGCUAAAUGAAAUUAAUAAAGACAAUGGAACAUUAUUUUCUGAUUUUGUCAAAUUCUGUGGAUUUAAUGUGUGUCUUGGGACUCUGGAGCACCUCUUGAUGUAAUUCAACAGUUGGUUAUCACAUAUAUAGUGUGACAUGACUAGCAGCAGUGGCUGCUCUUAAAAGGCUGGCUUUUUGUUUUUUGGAUUAGGUAAAUGAAACAAUCUUGAGACCCUUAAAUGUAGAGCCACCUCUAACAGAUUUACAGAAGAGUGAAGAGCUGAUUAAGAAAGAGAUGAUUACCAUGCUUCAUUUUGACCUUGUGCAUCACCCUUAUGGAGAACUCCCAGGAGGCAAAAAGGGGAAAGUCCCAGGGUUUGGACCCGGUAGCACAGAACACCUGUCUUAUCUUGAACACAAUCCUUAUGAGAAAUACUCAAAGGAAGACAUCAAAAAGGUAUAUAUAUAUCCUAUUUCUCUGCAUUGUUUAUGAUCUCUGCCUACCAUAGUACUACAUUUUGCAAGGUUUAAACUUUCUAAUUCUAUUCUUAAGCUGAUUGGAAAAUUUCUAAAACUUUCUUUUGGGAGUGCUUUGGGAGUACUGAUGGUGUUUCAGUAAGCUUUUCUCUGCUUAACACCCAGAUUUACGAUAGGACAUCACUGAAUGGCAAUUAGAAUCUUUUUAGAUGAAAUUUAUGAAUUAUAUUCUGGUGGUUUACAGCAAUCAUUACCAGUCUUUUUAAACCCAGGGCCCACUAUAAUUCCAACUUGAAAAAUGGGAUCACAUUUUAGGUUUUUUUUAGCAUAUGUGUGCCUCUUCCUUCCUCUUCCUUUUUUGGGGAAAGUCCAUGCUUCAGAUAUUUUUUUCUAAGGAAUCUUGAGAACAGUAGUUGUGUGUCUGGGGGUAGAGAUCUCUAACAGAGAAUUCUUAGCACAGGCACAAAGCUACAAUUCCCAGAGGUUUAGGGGAUAAGCAGUUACAGUUCAAAUGAUAUAGAACCAAUAUAAAUUUGUGGUAUGUAUGUGUGUGUUGAUCAUACUUAGAUCCCACUCUCCCUCCAAGCAGUGUACAUGGUUCUUUUCAUCUUUCAUUUUAGUUAGGCAAAGAGCAAGUGAUUGGUCCAAGGUCACUCAGUGAGCUUCACGGUCAAGUCUCUUUGAUCCUAGUCCAACAUUUUAGCCACUGUGCUAUGCUGACUCUGUCUAAACAUGUUCUCACUUUCCCUCCAAUCUCUCUAUUUCUCUUUAUUAGAAAAGAGGGAACUAAAAAACUAUGCGGUGUAGUGCAUCUGAUGUUACACCUCUCUGCCCAAGACUCAGUAGAUCACAAGCACCUGAUAUUUAGCCUGGUAGUUACAGUUUGAGUUCUCCAUAAUUAAUUCACAUUUACAUUUAACACAGCUAAAAAUGGGGGAGAAGAUUGGUAGUGACAGACAAGCUGCCCAAAAUGUAGCUGUAUCCAUCAUUACUGAUCUUUCCCUGCAAUGUGCAGUGACAAGACCAUGUUUGUUGCGUACGAGGGACUGAGUGCAUUCCUACUUUACUGGGGUGAGGCUUUACAGAAAUAACUGGCACCCUAAAUGAAUAGUGCAUAUCUUAGAAUAUGUUCCCAGAAUACCUACACAUAAAAUUCCACAAUCUGGAUUUAAGGUGGCUUUAUGUAAUUGCCUUGUAGUGUAGAUCCACAUGGUUUAUGAACUCUUUACUCCCUACUCUGAGUAUAAAAUAAUGUAAGUUCUACAGAACAAAUGCUUGAAGUUGAACAGAGUUCUACAGAACAUUCUUUCAUCUUCCUCACAUUGGCCCACGAUUCCAAAAUGUUUUGAAUCGGUUUGGACUAGAUGACCCUUGAGGUCCCUUCCAACUUUACAAUUCUAUGAACCAGUUCUAAGACCAGAAUCACAUAGGUUGGUGCUGUUAUGUGGGAAGUGUCUUUAUGAAUACACACAUGGACUGCUUACUUAAACAACAACAAAACGAAUUAGAAGGGGUGUUGUGUGUAUACUCAUUUUGUAUACAGUGGUACCUUGGUUCUCAAACUUAAUCUGUUCUGGAAGUCUGUUCCAAAACCAAAGAAUUCCAAAACCAAGGUGUGCUUUCCCAUAGAAAGUAAUGCAAAACGGAUUGAUCCGUUCCAGACUUUUAAAAACAACCCCUAAAACAGCAAUUUAACAUGAAUUUUACUAUCUAAUGAGACAAUUGAUCCAUAAAAUGAAACUGUACUAUAAAAUAAGUAAAUAUCGUAGAUGAUAAAAAAAAAUAAUUCUUACCUGCACUGAUGAUAGUCAUUGUUUGGAUAGGGGGCUUUUAUCCAUUUCCACAGUCACAUAAUCAAUCAGUAGCUGAACUGGGUUCCACACAGUCACAAAAACAAAUGAACUGAAAAAGCCUCAAAAACAAAAGUGCCAAACUUAAUCCAUUCCGGAAGUCCGUUUGACUUCCGAAAUGUUCGAAAACCAAGGCGCAGCUUCUGAUUGGUGCAGGUGGCCCGGAAACAAUAGCCGACAGCCGCAUCGGAUGUUCGGCUUCCGAAAAAAGUUCGACAACCAGAAUACUUCUAGGUUUUCGGCAUUUGAGUACCAAGGUGUUUGAGAACCAAGGUACCACUGUAUUCUGUACAGCAAAUGCAAUGUGAAAACUGGGAAAAGUGCCACUGAUGAUUUAUGUUUUUUAUGUGACUGUGUAAGAUGUGUUGACACAAACAAUAGAAAAUGCUUUUCUUCAAAUGGAGAAGUUUGCCCUGUAAAUUGUUAUAUAUAUAGUUCAAGAACAGCAAGAGAGGUGAACUUGUAACUAAUCCCUCAUUUCAAACAGGCUGAAGAACUCCUGGCCCAAGAAAUGGAGGUGGUGAAGCAAGGAAUGGGGCAUGGAGAGCUUUCAAGUGAAGCUUAUAAUCAGGUGUGGGAAGAAUGUUACAGCCAGGUGUUGUUCCUUCCUGGGCAGAAUCGCUACACACGAGCUAACUUGGCCAGUAAAAAAGACAGAAUUGAAUCCCUAGAGAAGAGACUUGAGGUUGGUAUACAUUUCCUUUUGAGAAACAGGCUUAAUCUGACAUACCGUGUGUUCUGUCUUGUGUUUUAUCCCUAAUUGGGAAUUAGGGGCACUGCUAUUUCAAUGGAAUUCUAUAGAACUGAAAAAAAUUUUUUAAAAGAAAAACGUCUAGUGACACAUGGCCUUAAUUGGCAUCAUUCAUAUACUGGAUAAAUCAAGUUGAAUCCAAAAACAGGAAGUGGUUCUUUUUGGUCAUGCUAAUGUAUCCUGAUAUGCUCCAACAUUAUGCUCAUCCUGUGGUUACUUAGCUCAGUUUUGUGACUAGAGGUGGGCCUCAACUUGCCCUCCUGAUAGCUGGAAGAGAGUAGUAGUUGUUCUUUCUGCCUAAGCUUCGUUGUUAGGGGAUGCAGUGAAUGGAUUCCAGUGUUUCAUAUCUGCUGAGGAGCUGGAUGUUGAAUGUAAAUUGACAGCAUACACUUUAAAAAUAUUUUGUCAGUUUAAAGUUGGGCAGAGCAACACAGUGUUAACGUAAAAUAUUCAUAUAUUCAAGUGUACAGUACAAGAAGGGGAUUCCUACAAGCCCUGUGCAAUACAUUGUGUCACACAAGCUUACUAUCUGCACUAGUGCCAUCUCAAAAGUUACUUCACACUUUACAUGGUGAUCAUCUUUGCUAAUGUUUGGGGAACGUAAAGGAUGGCCUGAUUGACCCAUCCUUGGGUAUGAGUGCUGUGUGUAGAAUAGAAAAGAAAGGCAACUCCUGCACAAGAGGUGGCUCAUUUUCCUGGCCAAGGAGCCUAGUUCUGUCUUAGAAUGAACUUGUACUCCGUGUUGGCCAGCAGAAGGCACCAUUGCUCUGUGGAAUACUUCAGGUGACACGGAAAGAUGAACUGUCAGUUGCUUUCCUAUUUACUCUUCAAGCUCAAUAUUUUUAUUGAGUGGAAUGAUAUGUUGUUUAGUCGUUUAGUCGUGUCCGACUCUUCGUGACCCCAUGGACUGAUAUGAUCGCCAUGGAAUGAUAUAGUACCUUAAAUACUCUUGUUGUGCAGCCCCACCAAUUAAAAGACUAAUUAAAAUGGUGUUUUUUCUGUUUUAAAAAGACAAAACUGUUCUGUUUAUAUGACUGUUUGCAGUGCCUAUUAUAUGGAUUUGGGGAGGAAAUUCCAUAAUCGUAGCUGGAUUCACUAUUUGGCCAAUGUCACAAAAGACCCAUCAAAAAAAGGUUGUGUGUGUGUAUGAAAUUGCUAAAAUAAAUACUGCAUUUCAUGCUGAAGUCCAGAGAAGGCUACCUAUUAAAGUUUAAAUGUAAGCUGUGUGAGAUCAUUCUUGGAGUGAUGAGAAAUGCACAUUAUACAAUUUUACUUAUUUUUUUCCAUUUCCAAAGACAUACGGUUGAGUUCAUCUCGGGGUGGAGGGUGCUUGUUUGUGUGCACAUGCCUUUAAAGAAAAAGGAGACCUUAAAUGUAAUUAAUAGUAGUAGAUUCAUACUUCUCCCUGCAGCCCUAGCACCAUUUCUCUCACUGUUUAGGAGAAUUUGGAUGCAAUGCUGGAUGCAAUGCUGGGAAAGCCUGGAUUCUCCACCGUGGGAGCAGGGCCGGGGCGGGAGAGUGCUAGAGUCCUGUUGCUUGGGACCAUUUCUAGUCUGUUACCUCCAAGGCUGCUUGGACUAGUGAAACCAACCAUCUGUCUCCUUGAUCCUUGCCCAUCCUGGCUCAUAAAAGCUAGCCGGGAAGGGCUGGCAAUGGACUCUGUGGGGUGGUGAAUGCUUCCUUCUGUGAGGGAGCCUUCCCAGACCUGCUGAAAGAGGCGGUUAUUAAACCGCUUGUUAAAAAAGAAUCUUUGGACCUGGCCAAUAUGGCCAACUAUCGCCCAGUCUCAAAUCUUCCAUUCUUGGGCAAGGUGAUUGAGCGGGUGGAUGCUGAACAACUCCAGGCAUGCCUGGAGGAGGCGGACCAUUUGGAUCCCUUCCAGUCAGGAUCCAGGCCUCAUCAUGGAACUGAAAGUGACUUGGCCACGCUGGUUGAUGAUCUCCGACGGGCUAGGGACAAAGGUGAAAGCUGUUUCCUAGAUCUGCUGGAUCUCUCAGCAGUCUUUGAUACCAUCGACCAUAACAUCCUUCUGGACCGUCUAGAGGAGCUGGAAGCACAGUGGUUCCACUCCUUCCUCCUGGGCCGUGUCCAGAAAGUGGUGGGGGGGGAUGAGUGUUCAGACCCCUGGGCUCUCACUUGUGGGGUGCCUCCAGGUUCUGUCCUCUCCCCCAUGCUUUUUAAUAUCUGUAUGAAGCUGCUGGGAGAGAUCAUUAGGGGGUUUGGGCUGGGUGUUCAUCAGUAUGCAGAUGAUACUCAGCUCUACCUCUCUUUCAAAUCUGAAACAUUGAAGGCAGUGAAGGUCCUGUGUGAGUGUCUGGAGGUGGUUGGAGGAUGGAUGGUGGCUAACAGAUUGAGGUUGAAUCCUGACAAGACAGAAGUACUGUUUUGGGGGGACAGGGUGUGGGUGGGUGUGGGGGACUCCCUGGUCCUGAAUGGGGCAAGUGUACCCCUGAAGGAGCAGGUGUAAAGCCUGGGAGUCAUUUUGGACUCACAGCUGUCUAUGGAGGUGUAGGUCAAUUCUGCGUCCAGGGCAGCUGUCUACCAGCUCCAUCUGGUACAUAGGCUGAGAUUACCCGCCUGUGAACUGUCUCGCCAGAGUGGUGCAUGCUCUAGUUAUCUCCCGCUUGGACUACUGCAACCUGCUCUACGUGGGGCUACCUUUGAAGGUGACCCGGAAACUACAAUUAAUCCAGAAUGCGGCAGCUAGACUGGUGACUGGGAGUGGCUGCCGAGAUCAUAUAACAGUGGUCCUGUAAGACCUACAUUGGCUCCCAGUACGUUUCCGAGCACAAUUCAAAGUGGUGUUGCUGACCUUUAAAGCCCUAAACGGCCUUGGCCCAGUAUACCUGAAGGAGCAUCUUCACCCCCAUCGUUCAACCUGGACACUGAGGUCCAGCGCUGUGAGAAGCCAAGUUACAGGGAACCAGGCAGAGGGCCUUCUUGGUAGUGGCUCCCAUCCGGUGGAAUGCCCUCCCAUCAGAUGUCAAGGAAAUAAACAAGUAUCUCACUUUUAUAAUACAAUCGAAGGCAGCCCUGUUUAGGGAAGUUUUAAUGUUUGAUGCUUUCUUGUGUUUUUAAUCUGUUGGGAGCAGUCCAGAGUGGGGAAACCCAGCCAGAUGGGUGGGGUAUAAAUAAAUAAAUUUUGGUUAUUAUUAUUAAAUUACCUAUUUAUUAUUCUGCCCUUAUUUCAGAUGUAAUCUAUUCAAGACAUUUGAUUGUAUCCAACAAAGUUGUCCCGUGCAUGCAACGACUUCCACUUGCACAAUCAAACUUUCCUUCCCUCUCCUCCCCUUGUGAGCCCCCCUCAGUUUCUGGAGGUUUUUUCAGCUCUCUGAAGCAGAGGGGGUUCGGGGGGGUGCCUCUUGCGCGCAAGGGGUGAUUUUGUUGGAUACAACCCAUUAGCUCAUUCAUUGAAAGGUUGACUUUAGAAUACUGCAUAUUGGUUGAAAACUUUUUUUCUUACAGUCGGGAGGAGGUUAUUUGAAAAUGUUGCUUUCUUCCAUUUUAGAACUUAGAAUUCAGUCUUUCUACAAACAUUACAACAGAAAUUCAAUACUGCUGAUUGAACGUGUCCAAAUAUUUUUAUUAUGAUGGGUUUUAUCAUAUCAGUUGCAUGCUUUACCUUAUAAAUAUUCAAAACAUGCAUCUAUAAUGCCAGACAAAUUGAAUCAGUUACCGUACAUUUAAUAUUCCAAAUGCAGUCACUUCUCCAUUCCAUGCACUUUGAACUAUAUUGCUGCUUGGAUAAGUACAGCAUGCAUAGGUUAGAUUUGAUAGGGCCUUAGUAGUGAAGAGAGAAGGAACUAUUAGUAUACACUUCGUAAGCAAAAGGCAGUAAUGUCUCGGAGUACAUUUUUGAAUAGGGCAUUAUAAAUCAAGUAUUGGGACCAGCUCGCCAGUUCCCUCCCACACCCCCCAUGUUAGCCCCCUGGAGCUUCCCUUUUGCAUCCCAUGCAUCAGCCCCCUGGACGCACGCCCAUUUAAACAACAGGAGAACUUUGAGUAGAGCAAGAAGGGAAGUAGGAAAGGCUCCCUUGUGCCCAUGUAAGCUUUUAGACCUUGACUUCUAUGUUGUACCUCUCUCUUCUAUUUCUUGCUAAAACUAUUUUUGAACAACUACUCUCCCUUCUCACUACUCAAAGUUCUGCUGUUAUUUUUCUUGUCCCUUUCUGCCUCAGUGUUGUACCAUCCCUGCUUUUCUCUAACCUUUCCCGUUGUGGAAACCGCCACCUAUUUCCUGUAAAGUGUUGCUUCCCUUUCCCCUCUCCUCAUUUUAACACCAAGGCAGGAGAGCAUCUCAGUAUUGAAUAUUGCCCUAGUCAAUAAAUAGCUUUUGGCUUGUACCUGUCUACACUAACACCAAAAAGCAACUUGCUCUCCCAGGCAACCUGCUUGGUGGUCUCUUGGUGGUCUCUUGGCCAUUGCAAGGCUACAGCAAGGCAACUACCUAGACAGAGGCAGUUGAGGAGCAAAAGGCAAAACUACUGUGUGGCAUCAAUGUAGGACUGUAAUAUAGAGAGACAUGGAUUCUGUGUGUGAGAGUGUAAAAAUUUGAAUGCUUCCCAUCUCUCUAGGGAAGGUCUUGCUGGUAUGUUUUUGAAAGAAUCACAAAGGUUCUGUUUCAGGUUCUGUUUCACUUUAUCUCAGACAGGAGGAGGAAAUGACUGAUCACAGGGAGUAAAACCUUGAUACCAUAUUUCAGUUUCCUCUUGCUUAUUCCUCUCACACUUGGAAGUAUUUAUUAUUUUUAGAUGUUUUAAAGUUUGCAGGCUGUUCAGUGUUGUACAACACCUUUUUGCAAAUGCAUUUGCACCUUCCAGUGUCCCUUCCAAUUCUCUGAUUCCUUUAGUGUUCAGAAAUUCCCUGGAGGUGCUGGGUAUCUAAAUGGAAUAAGAAGUUGGUAAACAUGUCUUGCGCUGAACUACUCAAUUUUGUUCAUAUUUUGUCCACUGUUUAAAUGAAAAGCUCUAUUUAAAUUGCUGCAGUUUAUAAUCAUAAAUACGGCUUGAGCAGUCAGAUAAGUAUGAAAGUGUUUUUGUAGGGCAGGUUGCACACACAAGGCCUGUGGACAGCUGGUAGGCCUCUCCCAGUUGUUCGUGGUCCCUAGAGGAACUCUGAAUAUCUGUAAUCUGAUUUCCUUUUCUAUCUCAUUGUGAAAAUGACUAUGGCUGCCAAACCAGGAACGGGGGAAUGCCUGCAUCACUUUAUCCACGAUGCUCCCUGGCUUCAGUUGUAAAUUUCCUGUGUCUGGAGAAGAAUGCAUUAGACCACCUCUCAAGGUCCAGCUUUGAUUCAGUGGUGUGAUUAUCAUUUCCUAAGGCUGUAGAUUGUCUUAAAUAAAAAUUCCUCAUACUGCAUAUUUUGCAGGAGAGGUUCUUUUAGGCAUUCCCCAAGAUUUCCAAUGUUUCCUGUGGAAAAAGGUGUUUACAGUGAUCAGGGAGUAAAGCUACAGUUGCAGCAUUUAAUCAACCAGUUUAAAGCGGUCAAAUUAUAAUUAGCAAGGAGGAUUCAGCAGUUAAGUGAUGUGAGUGUUACAGAACUGGGAAUUUUUCCACUGCCCUUAUCUGACAUACUCAGUAAACAAAGCUACUAUGUUAAAACAGGCUGUGUAAAUACCUCAACAGUUUUUCUAACAGCCAAAAGUAGUUGAACUGAAAUAUUCAUAAAUUUAAAAAGUAAAUGGUUAAAAAGUUAUAUUCAGUGGUUUAGCAAUUAUAAAUGUGAUAAUUAGAGAAAUUCAAAGAUUCACUUGGAGAUUUUUCUUACCGAAAUACUUGUAAAUAUUUUGAGAGAUGGCAGUAUAGUUGCAUACACUUUGCUUACAUUAUUCAGAUUUUAUGAUACAAAAUUUAGGCCCACAGCAAACUGUUAAAAUACUAAUUAAGCAUGCCUGAAGAGUUGUGUAUGUAAGAAAAUGUCCUCCUUAGAGCGAGUGAUCUGAAAAAGUUAAUUUAACUUUAGAUUUUAGAUUUCUCUGGUAUUGUAUCCAUUCCAGUUGCCCAGUUUGUUUUGAAUUGUAUUCAUUCAAGAUGACACUAAUUUUAUGAAACAAUAUAUUUUUAAGUGGUUUCCAGCUGUAAUGCUUUAAGGGAAUAUGAAAAAAAGGAUUAUAAAAUAGGUAAAAAUUUAAUAUUAUUACUUUUAAAGGAUUUGCUGAACCAACAGAUUGAAGUGGAAUACAAAAAAGGGAGGUAUGAGGAGGUCCGGGAAAUAAGUCAAAGGAAAAUAAGUAAUGGAAAAUCUGUGUGUUUUUAACUAUUUUUAUUUUGUAUUUUUGCCAUUCUUUUUUUUUUCCUUUUCUUUUCUCAUUUUCAUUGUAAUAUUUUAAAAAAUCUUAAUAAAUAUCUUAUAAAAGAAAAAGAAACAAUAUAUUUUUAAAUUUUACAAAAUCUGAAAAAAUAGCAUAGUGGAAAAUGUACUGUACUGUCAAAAAAUUGGUGGUAUAGUAGUUGCAGUGUGCUGCUCCAAUGAAGAAUAAAAAAGGAAAUAUUAAAUAUGCUCUUCUAACUGUGGUUUACCAUCAUAUUUUAAUAUCCAAAUGUUAUUUAAUUUCUGAAAUACUUAAUUUUUAUCAAUUACUUGAUAUGUUUUGCACAAUGCUUUCCCAUAAAAAUAGCCUUUAAAAAGAAGCAAGUCCAUGUGCCAUUUUAAUAAGGAUGCUGAAUACCUCUCCUGGUCCGUAUUUGAUCAUGUUUGAUCAACUGGUGGCAUUAAAAGGGCUUCUUUUGCAGCAGUAUUCAGAAGACCGUAGGGGAGCAUCCCACCCAUUUGGCAAGCAACUGUAUGCUAAUUGCUUGCUGUGUGAAGCAGUGACAUGUGGAUGCAAUUUCAAGCUGACUCCCAAGUAGCAACCAUUCUGUGUUGAGGGAACUUCAGCUCCCUGAAUGAUGUAUCUAGCAUUUCCUUCUUGUCUUUAUGGUUUUCAGCUACUCUAACGCUACCCGUCCAGUGUCGUGUUCUGUAUUCGCCUUGCUGUUGUUUUGUGUCUCUGCUAUCUGUUGUGUGUCACUUCUCAAACUCCUGAGAGCCUUACAUCCAAACUCCUUAAAUCCAAACCUAUCUCCCUAACAGAUCCACCAGUGCAGGGGUAGGCAACCUAAGGCCCAGGGGCCGGAUGCGGCCCAGUCACCACCUAAAUCCGGCCCGCAGGCGGUCUGGGAAUCAGUGUGUUUUUACAUGAGUAGAAUGUGCCCUUUUAUUUAAAAUGCAUCUCUGGGUUAUUUGUGGGGUCUGCCUGGUGUUUUAACAUAAGUAGAAUUUGUUCUUUUAUUAAAAAUUCAUCUCUGGGUUAUUUGUGGGGCAUAGGAAUUUGUUCAUAUUUUUUUCCCCAAAAUAUAGUCCAGCCCACCACAUGGUCUGAGGGACGGUGGACCAGCCCACUGCUGAAAAAGGUUGCUGACCUCUGCUCCAGUGUAACAGAAAAGUCUUUGUUUAUACUUUCCUGUACUGGAGGCAAAAUGUUUUAUAGUGUAACAUUUCUUCUGUUCCUGAAUUACAGCUCAUGACAGAAUACAUUUCAGAAAUGUAACUGUUAGCACAGUUUUGCUCCGUGAAUAAUAUGCAGGCUGUAUUUCUUCAAUAGAUUAACAGAGGUCACAUGACUACAGAAGCUAAGAGGGCUGCCAAGAUGGAGAAAAAACUGAAGAUAUUGCUUGGUGGUUAUCAGUCUCGAGCGAUGGGGCUCAUAAAGCAAUUAAAUGACUUGUGGGAUCAAAUUGAACAAGCUCAUCUUGAAUUGCGCACAUUCGAGGAAUUAAAGAAACAUGAAGAUGCUGCUAUUCCUAGGAGAUUAGAGGUAAGGUCAUGAAAUUCUGUUGGCCAUCUAGAAAGAAGGAAGGUGGCAAAAGUUGUGUUAAGUCAUGUAAUUUUAUUAGAGGUUGCUGCAUCCAUUAAUUAAAAAAAAAAGUAGAGUAGAAAAUCAGCAUUAAAAAAAUAGUGUAUUACUUUAGUCCAUUUUAUUUAGAUGAUUUUGUGUUGCUUAUCACCAUGUCAUCAGGAGUCUUCUUUUUUCUUUUUCUUUUUCUUUUUCUUUUUCUUUUUCUUUUUCUUUUUCUUUAACAGUUGAUCCUAUCCACAGAGUUGCAUGAGCUUCUCUAACAUAAAUGUGCAGGUACAUCAUGGGAAAAGGCUCCUAUGUGUACGUUAUGGGAUGUGUGCUUGUGUUGCAUAAUCUGAGACUCCCCGAUCGUAUAAUAAUUUGCAUUCUGCUACUUCUGGUGCCUUUUUAUCAGCUGACCAUUUUUAUUGUUGCAGUGUCUAAAGGAAGAUGUUCAGCGGCAACAGGAACGAGAGAAAGAACUUCAGCAGAGAUUUGCAGAGUUCAUGCUGGACAAGGAAGCUUUUCAGUCGAAAUAUUAAGUCACACAUCUUGCUUAAGCCAUGUUUUGUAACAUUUCUCAAAUGCAAUAGAUAGGUUUUGCCUCCUGUGUCUCAAAUCAAACAUAAGCAAAUUGAGUCCCAAAUCCAUUUUGUGUUUUACGUAAGACUGAAGGCCAUGCAUCUUAUGAGGAAGAGGUGAAUUGAAACAUAUACAGAGAGGAUAAUUGACACGCACUAAGGGGUGCUGUCCAGGGUAGAUUUCUGCUGAUCACAUCCACAUUUUUGACCCUUUACAAACUGAUAUUCUGAUAUUAAAAGGAAAAACCAGCAGAUUCUUUUAAAUCACAUCAUUUGCUAAAUUGUUAUUUUACCAUUGCUAUGAUCCACAAGAACCAAACACUUUUGUCUGUGUGCCAGCGGCUAUGUACUGUGAAUUUGGGGUGUAAAGCAAUGUAUUAAACUGUGUUUGUGUCCAGUAGCUUGAA